GUGCUUUUAGAAGUUGGGGGCAUUUUGAAGUUGACGUUGCGCAGUUUCAAGCCCGGGGUGGGAAGAGCUGGCCACCGUGCCGGCCUGGUGGAGAUUUUCUGCCAGGGCUUUUCACACAAGGCACCGGCACCUUGUCUGCUGUAGUUUGUUCCCCGCCCACUGAAAUGCUGCUCCUCCAGGAGCCAGGGUGCGCAUCCCUCCGCAAUCUGGGAUGGGAGUUUCACAAGACCAGGCAGCUCUUUUGGCCACGUCUGUGCCAAAUCAGAAGAGGCCAGCGAGUUUCUCUUCUGAUCCGUGGUCGGAGAACUCUGUCCCCAGAUGUCAGCAGACCAGGCUCAUCAGAGUGACAGUGCAGAGCCUGCCCUCACCCACCGGAGCCCCCAGGCUACAGAUUUCCCAGUGGCCUGGCCAGACACACCAAGGCAGCCCAGCCACCGCUGCAGGGUCGCUCCGGGCCCUUGUGUGCACACUACCCUCCACCGCCAUGGCCCUGGUCAGCAUCAACGAGCUGCCCGAGAACAUCCUGCUGGAGCUGUUCACACACGUGCCUGCCCGCCAGCUGCUGCUGCACUGCCGGCCUGUCUGCAGCCUCUGGCGAGACCUCAUCGACGUAGUGACCCUCUGGAAGCGCAAAUGCCUGCGCGAGGGCUUUGUCACAGAGGACUGGGACCAGCCCGUGGCCGACUGGAAGAUCUUCUACUUUCUGUGCAGCCUCCGCAGGAACCUCCUACGCAACCCAUGUGCUGAAGAGGAUAUGGGGUCUUGGCGAAUCGACUCCAAUGGGGGGGACCACUGGAAGGUGGAGAGCCUCCCUGGAGAGCAUGGCACAGAUUUUCCUGACCCCCAAGUCAAGAAGUACUUUGUCACCUCCUACGGCAUGUGCCUCAAGUCCCAGCUGGUGGACCUCAAGGCUGAGGGCUACUGGGAGGAGCUGCUGGACACAUUCCGGCCUGAAAUCGUGGUGAAGGACUGGUUCGCUGCCAGGGCCGACUGUGGCUGCUCCUACCACAUCCGGGUGCAGCUGGCCUCCGCCGACUACAUCGUCUUGGCCUCCUUCGAGCCUCCACCCGUGACCAUCCAUCAGUGGAACGACGCUACGUGGACAGAGGUCUCCCACACCUUCUCCGACUACCCUCCAGGCGUCCGCCACAUCCUGUUCCAGCAUGGGGGCAAGGACACCCAGUUCUGGGCAGGCUGGUAUGGGCCUCGUGUCACCAACAGCAGCAUCAUCAUCAGCCCCAAGACCAGCAGGAGCCCGGCUCCCUCCGGGGCUCUGCCUGAGACACUGCAGGGCCAGGGGGAGGCUUCCUAGUGGCCCUUCCCAUUUCAUCUCCAUGGGCCAGAGGACAGCCUGCGGUCAUCUGCAGCCAUCCGUCCAUCUUCUGUCCAGGACAAAGGGAGGCAAGAGCUGAGCCUGUAGUGCGCAGUGAGGUCCCUGCCCCGGAGCUCCAGCCCCAGUUCCAGCCUUGGGCAGACGGUCACACAGUGCUGAUGUUUUGUCAAAAUAAAUGUUUCCAGUAAAACCA